GCCCAAAACCCUCCACAUCUCAUCCUCCCCUCCCUUCCCGUCCAUGGCGCCACCGCGCUAAACCCCACGAGCCGCCGCCGCCGCCGCCAUGGCGCUCUCCGAGCUCCCGCUCCACCACUCCUUCCGCCUCUCCUCCCGACCCCACCUCCGCCUCCUCCCACUCCGCAUCCUCUCCUCCUCCCGCCACGCCUCAUCCUCGUCGUCGUCCUCCACCGCGUCGUCCUCCCCCUCGUCGUCCUCCAGCGGCGGCCGCGCUCCCCCGGCUCCCAGCCGCAGCGCGCCGUGGCUGCAGAAGUGGGGGCCCAGCGACCCCGCCGCGCCUCCUCCUCCUCCUCCUCCUCCCGCUCCCUCCGCCUCCUCCUCCAUCGACCGCAUCGUCCACCGCCUCCGCAACCUCGGCCUCGCCAGCGACGACGACGAGCCCGCCACCGCCACCGCCACGGCCACCGCCCCUCCCGAUGGCAACGAGCGCCUCAGCGACCUGCUCGACCGCAGCUGGUCGCGCCCCGACCAGCAGUUCGCCGCCACCAGCUUCGACGAGUCCGUCCUCCCCUGGGAGAGGGAUGAGAGCGCGCGGAGCAGAGGGGAGGAGGACGACGGUGUGAAGAGGAAGAGGGUUAGGGCGCCCUCGCUGGCCGAGCUCACGAUCGAGGAUGAGGAGCUGCGGCGCCUGCGGAGGAUGGGGAUGACUCUUCGGGACCGCAUCACCGUGCCCAAGGCGGGGGUCACGCAGGCCGUCACGGAGAAGAUCCACGACGCCUGGAGGAAGUCGGAAUUGGUCCGCCUCAAGUUCCAUGAGGACCUCGCGCACGACAUGAAGACUGCUCAUGAGCUUGUCGAGCGUCGGACAGGAGGAUUGAUCAUAUGGAGGUCUGGGAGUGUUAUGGUGGUUUACCGAGGGAGCAAUUACAAAAGGCCUUUGAAAUCUGAAGCAUUAGAUGGUACCUCAUCAGCAGUAAAGGGGGAAGAUGGCACAUUGUUCAUCCCGGAUGCAUCAAGCCCUAUAGAGCACGGUAACCAGGGGAAAGAUUUAAACACCCAACGUGAGAUUGCAGCCAGAUUAAACAUGCAGAAUGCUGAAGACAUGACUGAAGAUGAGCUGGAGUUCAAUCAAAUGCUUGAUGAAUUGGGCCCUCGCUUUGUGGAUUGGUGGGGAACGGGUAUUUUACCUGUGGAUGCUGAUUUGCUGCCUCAAACAAUUCCUGGUUAUAAAACACCGUUUAGACUUCUUCCAACUGGAAUGCGUUUGACCCUGACCAAUGCAGAGUUGACUAAUUUGCGGAAGUUAGCUAGGGAUCUUCCAUGCCAUUUUGCUCUAGGGAGAAAUCGAAAUCAUCAAGGAUUGGCAGCAGCCAUUGUUAAACUCUGGGAGAAGAGUUUAGUGGUGAAAAUAGCUGUGAAACGUGGAAUCCAGAACACAAACAAUAAGCUAAUGGCAGAAGAAAUAAAGAAUCUAACAGGGGGCACCUUGCUUCUCCGAAAUAAGUAUUACAUUGUAAUAUAUCGUGGAAAAGACUUCCUCCCAACAUCUGUGGCAGCUGCUUUGGCUGAAAGAGAGGAGUUGACAAAAGAUAUCCAGAAUGUAGAGGAGCAGAGAAGACGCAUUUCGAUUGAGCACUCAACGGAUGACAGUUUGGAUGGGCAUGCUCUUGCGGGUACUCUUGCUGAAUUUCAGGAGGCUCAGGCUCGUUGGGGAAGAGAAGUAACUGUUAAGGAGCAAGAGGAAAUGAAAGAAGCUUCUUCUAGAUCAGUGAAGGAGAAGGCUUUCAAGAGACUAGAGCACAAACUUUCCAUUGCACAGGCAAAAAUACAUAGAGCAGAGCGGUUACUAUCGAAGAUUGAAGCUUCUAUGGUCCUGGCCAAUCCAUCUGACGAUCAGGAGAUGAUUACAGAUGAGGAAAGAUCAGUUUUCCGAAGAAUCGGUUUGCGUCUUAAGGCAUACUUGCCUGUUGGAAUUCGUGGUGUCUUUGAUGGUGUCAUUGAAAAUAUGCACUUGCAUUGGAAGCACCGGGAGGUUGUAAAAUUGAUAACAAAGCAGAAGACUUUGCCCUUUGUUGAGGAAACAGCACGACUUCUACAGUAUGAGAGUGGUGGUAUACUAGUUGCAAUCGAAAGAGUUCCGAAGGGCUAUGCACUUAUCUUUUACCGUGGAAAGAAUUAUAGGAGGCCUAUUAACAUAAGGCCUAGGAAUCUUUUAACAAAAGCAAAGGCAUUGAAACGUGCGGUCGCAAUGCAGCGCCAUGAGGCACUCAGCGAGCAUAUAGCCCAACUGGAAAGCAAUAUAAGGGAGAUGAAGUUGGAUUUGGGCAUUGAGAAUGAUGAGGAAUAUGAAGAGGAUAAUUCAGAUUCAGAAAAUGAAGAUAAUGGCGGAGUUACCACUGCAAGAUAUGAUAAGGACCAAGAUGAUUUUGAUGAAUCAAGCGACGAAGAUGAAUAUGAUGAUUAUGAUGAAGAUGACGAUGAUGAAGAAGAGAUUGAUAGCUAGUAAUAUGGAUUUGGAAUUGGCGAUGUGAAAUUCUAGAGUGAUGUUUAUCUCUUGAGGUGAUGUCGCAAUCCUUUGGACAUUCCUGGAGCCAAGAGGAUCGCCGGCGGACCUUGACAACUGUACUGCUGCUUCUCCUGUUUCCGCAUGACUCUACCCUGUGUAUCCCAUUCCUUUGUUGUUUGCAAAUUGGCUGUUGGAAUCAGCCUGGGAAAAGAUGAGUUGGGUGUAAAUGAUAAUCUUGUGUCGAUGUCGUCUGUCUUCGUUUCCCAUCCUGUAACUACAUGUCUACAUCAUUUAAGUGAGCUCGUGGUAGAAGGUACGUUUUCGAUUGUGCCCUCAAAAUGUACUAGGACACGAGCAUUGUAGUAUUCUUCCAAUGUAUAACCGAAUAUUCCGGAAAACGAUAGUUCGAGGAUGUUCAAUAUACUUUCA